AUGACGUACUUACAACAUGGUCCUCCUCCACUGCCUAUCAUCGAUCAAGGACAGUCACCACAGAACACACGAAAUGAUAGUUACAGGGCUGAUGAUAUCAACAAUGUGGGCCACUGGGCUGGAUUCAACCUCGCCUCUAUCCAACAACAAUUCGGGCCCCUUUUAACUGCCGCAGGAAUUCCAGAUGAACCAUUUCAACCUUCUCCUCCGCGGCCAAUAAACUCCGAAGCUGCAGUCCGGUCCCGUAUUGACGUUUAUUUAACCAGCCGGAUUGUACGUGCCCUUUGCUGCGGAUUUUCGCAUUUGCAGUCUACUCAACAGCUGGCCAAUCUCAUAAUUGUGAAAUAUGAUAUCUUGAUUCUAAAAACCAGACCGAACCGCGUUUUGGGUGACGCUAAACCUUUGUUCAAAUGGUCCUCUGGCUUGAGGAACCAUCCAAACCCCAUCAAUUACUAUAUGAAGCAACAUCAUGCGCGCUACGGCUAUAUUAUAACAGAUCGUGAACUUGUCGCUAUCCGAAGGCUCGAUGAGGAUGGAAAUUUGGAGCUCUCGACGCCCAUUUCUUGGAUAGCGAAGGGCACUGCUUCAGAGCUGAGACUAACAGUGUUACUUGGGAUCUGGUAUUUGGGAAUACUCGCGGCAAAUAACCAGGUCUGGUAUCUCCAUCGAUUGCAUAUUUGGAAAGUAGAUGGAGUCUAA